CACCUGAAACGGACUUCGGUCGUCGUGAUCUUCAGGAACGUCAAACGGAUCAAGUCUUGUAAAGUCCAUACAAAGAUUCGCGCAGGAAGUCAGCUGGAUCUACAUUCCGCUGAAGUUCGCUUGCGAGAACGGAGAUCCCUCGAGAAUCGUGCUUGAGGUGGACUCUGUCUUGGACUUCAUCCUGAAAUCUCGUACGAGAUCCUGAAAGUGUCCCGCGAUUACAAAAAAUCCAGUAAAAGAAAUUGUUCCUCAAGUGUACGAAGAUCGGUGCUGAUUUACGAUACGAUAAAUUCGAAAGAGAAAUUCAUAUUUGCGCGCUUGUCGCCGUCAAUUGUAAUCGUACAACGAAGUGUGAAGAAACAUGAGGCCGCCGUAUAACGAAGGAGAGGUGCAGCAGAUCUCGCAGGAGCAAGGCGAGAGAAAUGUUGCGAUGGCAGUCUGCGUUCAACUGGCUGGUCGGGCGAUCAUCCGGGUGGUUUCACGAUGUGAGGAAGCCCAGGAUAACUGCAAUUUAGACUUGUCGGAGUGCCAACUCAUGCAAAUCCCAGACGCAGUCUACCAUCUGAUGCGGCACACGGAGCUGAAGAGAUGUGACCUCUCCGGCAAUGUGAUCACAAAAAUUCCAGCUAAAUUUGCCGUGAAAUUUUCAUUAAUCACUGAACUGAAUUUAAGCCACAAUCAGAUGAGCAAACUGCCUGAAGAGUUGGCCGAACUGCAAGCUCUGGAGAGACUCGAUAUCUCGCACAACACUUUCAUCGCUCUACCAUCUGUGGCUUGGCGGAUACCGCACCUGAAACGACUUCUUGCUAACAACAAUUUUAUCAUCAAUGUUGACGUCGAGAGGCUCAGUCACGCACCUGUUCUAGAAUUCAUCGACUUACAAGCGAAUCCCCUUCCAUCGAGAUUACACGAUCUUCUACGCACUUUGACCAGGAUUACAAUCGAGCUUACUCCUCGGCAAAUCGAGGAUUGGGAGGACUUGAACGUUUAAGUCAUCUCCCAAGUGAGAGCAGUCUAUUUCGCGACAGAAGACGACGGAGAAACGGUUCCGUCCUUCGUAUUCUCUCGACGAAAAUUGCUCAAGACUUUACGCGAACUAGAAAUAAAAUCGAUAUUUUGUACAGUGAUAACGCGAGCUGUGUGAUAACAAGUGCCGCGGAUUGUAAGUCAAUGAUCCGCUUGUAUCUCUUGUAAAUGUCACUAGUAAUUUAUAUCUGUACUUAUCACGGAUCUGUUACUGAUCUCACGGAGAUCGAUCGAUCCCUCGUUUUUUUCUUUUAUAUCGCGUGAAUUUUUAGAUUUUAUCGAGAUACCAUGCAGCCAUGAAUGACGCUGUUGUGAUCAAUUAUAUCAGUGCUCGCAAGGAUUUACACAUUUUGGGCCGAUUCCGGCGCGCGACCUCCAUCACCGCUCGAAGCUCGGAGGCCCGACCGAAUCGGCUCAAAAUGUACAAAUCCUUGUGAGCACUGAAUUAUAUUAUCGAAUUCAAGAAUUUUUAGAUCUCAUUUAUGAAUAUUUUAGCAU